AUUAUCAUUACCUUCUCAUCAUUUACAUCUCUCUCUUUCACAUUCACUUCCAAAAACAAAUCUACACUUGCUUGAUUUUUGUGAUCGGUGUAGUGAAAAAUGAAGACGACCGGUUCGGGCAUGGGAGCAACAAAGAGGAAGAUGUGGAGUCGUGGAGUGAGAGGAGUUGUUAGAGAGCAAAAGGCUAAGCUUUACAUCAUAAGGAGGUGUGUCGUCAUGCUUCUUUGUUGGCAUGACUAAAAAAUCAAAUCAUUAUCAACAUCAUCAUCAUCAUCAUCAUCGGCUUAAUCAAGACUAACCAAAUAUUUUCCCCUUUUUUUUUUUUUGCGGGUCUUAAUUAGUUAUAUAACCCUUGGGAAGAAAACUUUAUAUGUAUUGGCUUCUAAAUGGAGCCGUAUAUGUAUUUUUUUGUUGUAGUAGUUUUUUCUUCCUUAAGAAGGUUUUCUUCAAAUCGUGUAUAUUCGUAGCCGAUUAAUUCGAUAUCUUUUGUUGUUGUUUAAUUA